GAUUGGAAAUACAAUAGAUAGAGAGCACAGUUUACUUGAGCCUAACUUCUUUUUCUUUCAUUGUUUUUUUCUCUCUAUUCUUUGCUUUUCUUUGUUCUCACUCAUUCUCAGAACUCUUAUAGCAACCAAGUAUCCACAAAAGCUCAGAUCAUUCUGAUUCUCUCUCUUUCUCAUCCCUUGAGAGAAGCUGCAAUCUUAAAUUGAGCCCAGUCUAGGCUGGUCAAUCAUAGUUGAGAGGUGGUUUAAUUUUCUACUUACUUUUUAUGACACUUUCAGGAGAAUUGGUAAAGUUUGUUUAGUACACUAAAUGCUUGAUAAUUGAUAUGUGUGGUAGGGUUUGGAACAGAUAUGCUUCUUUUACAUUGAAGAUUUGGAAUAGUACUUCAUUGGGACUCAGUUUGAGGUUAUGAGGUGAAGAUAUUUUCCAUGGUUUUCUUCCACUUCAGGCAACUGGCAAUUUCAUUUCUCAAUUGAACAACUCUGAGAUAGGAAUAGAGUUUUUAAGCUCAUCAUUUUCUCAGCUGUAAAGUAGAAUGGCAGAGAGGAAACUUAAUUUCAAUGCUCCACUUCUGUCUGUGAGGCGAUUCGCUAAACCAUCAGCGAAUUCAGAAAGAGAGAACAAAAAGACUGUUAAGAGUUCCCCUCCCAGAAAGAAAUAUACAAGAGAUCCUCCUUUUGAACCAACCUUCAAUUUGGAGCAGGUAACAGAACCAGUUGCAGUUCCUUUUAAUUGGGAACAAAUCCCAGGAAAGGCGAAAGAUGACAAGGAAGCUGAGGCUCAGCCUCGAGAAGAGGCUUUUGUCACUCCAAGGAUGCCCCCAGGAAAGGUUUUGGUGCCAAGAAAGCAACAGCAAGAGCUAGAUCAUUAUCCACACAAACCUGAUUUUAGGCCUCAAACCAAAGCAUUUUCUUUUAGUUCCAGCAUAGUGGAGUCUAAGUAUUCAAAAGAAGGGACAACAGAUGAUAGAAAGGGCUUGGAAGUAGAGGAUGAAGAUGAUGAUGCUUAUUCUGAUGCACUCGAAACACUUUCUUCUAAAGAGUCUGCUUCCUUGAACUGCAGUGCAAGUGGUCUGAGUGGUUCUGAAAGUGCAGGCUUGGGGAAGCCAUCAGGAACCUUUUCAACCGAUCCACAAACUCGCGAUUUCAUGAUGAAGAGAUUCUUGCCUGCAGCCAAGGCGAUGGCGUUGGAGCCACCUCGUUAUGCUGCAAAGAAGCAAGCUCUGGUGGUACAGGAACAGCCUAGAGAGGUCAAGAGAGUGAUUGGUAUGGAUAAGAGAGUUUUGAAUGAUGAGAGAGGGCCUAAUAUAGUACCAAAAUAUGGUGAUUAUAAAGAAGAGGAAGAAGAGAGUGAAGAUGAUAGUGAUGAUUAUGACAGUACUAGAAGUAUAUCAGCAAGAGGGUGUGGAUUUUUUCCUCGGUUAUGCUUUAGGAAUUCUUUAAGCAUCUUAGGUCCAAUUCCAGGGUUGAAAGUGAGGACACCAACACCACCACGCAAAACUUCUAAUAACCAUUCCGAGAUCAAACCUGCGAAGAAGCAAACUUGGGAUUCUACUCACAAGGCUAAAACAAACUGUAAAUUUCGAUCGGCUGAGCUUCACGUGGUGGAGAAGAAGUUGGUUAGUGAAUCAAAACGAUUGGCAUACUCAGGUGAUCUACAAAGAGGGAGGUCAUCUCCCUCAACACAUUCACGGGCAGCUAGCAUAUCUCCCUACAGGAACCGACCCUCGCAAUCUCCUUUCAGACGAGCAGCGUUUCUUGGUGUUCCAAAGGAAGAGAAUGUCAAGGUCCCUAACAUCAAGCCCAAUUAUCUUUAUAACAAAGCCACUAACAAGUUUGAGGACAUAUCAGCCAAUCAUAGGAACAAACUAGGAUCACUUUCAAUGAGCCCUGCUGUUGAGAAGACUCUCUAUGUAGAUUCUGUAAAUAAUGCUCAUGAUCAUGAGAGUUCAUACUCAAACUCAGGUUUCUUAGAUACCAAGGAACAGCUGAAAUCUGGUAGUGAGGACUUUGAGCACUUGUUAGUAUCAAGGAGAGUAGUAGAAGAAGAAGCUUCUUUAGAAUCUAUAUUCCAAGAUAUUAUGUGUUUAAAUAGUGUUAGUAAGCAGCCAUCUUUGUUGGGGGACUCUGAACUAGGACUUGCUCAAGAAUUUUCAGAACUGGUUACUAAAGGAAAUCUAAGGAAGGAAAGUGAUCAAAUUGUAAAAGAAGAUUUGGGAAAUAUUGAGUCCAGCUUGGUACCAUCUCCUCUACCUCCACCUUUGCCAAAAUCUCCUUCCGAGUCUUGGCUAUGGCGAACUGCUCCUUCUAUUUCUCUGAGGAACUCGUUUUCGCGCUCGAAAAACACCAGCGCCAAAGCACAUGCCAAAAUGUUGAAAUCCAAUACCUCUUUGACAAACACCAAGUGGGAAACAAUUGUCAAAUCUUCUCAUUUGAGUCAUGAUCAUGCUCGUUACUCUGAGGAACUAGUAGCUCAUAUCUCUCAGAAAUCCAAAAAAUAUUAAAGAAAACAAAAAACCAAUGAUCUCAAGGAGAAAGCCUUCUGCUUCUUAUAUAUUAUGUUUGGAUUUUUUUGUGUGGAAGUAGCUGAAGAUGGUCAUGAUAUUUUGGCUAUAAUCCUGUUGUUCGAGGUUCUCUUCCUCCUACUCAUCUUUGUCCUGAAACUACAGUAGCUUCGAAACAGAGCCAAUCCUUUUUGGUUAGUUAUUGGUUUCUGGUAGCUACACAUGAUUUUUCGUCCUUAAAAUGAUGUGGCCUUGAGGCAAAUUGGUGAGAUGGCUAAACAGAAAAGGUUCUUGUAAUAGCCAUUUUCACUAUGAACUUUACUCUUAUUAUACUUGACUCUAUAUAAUGUCAUUGUCUGUACUGUAUAGAUAGAUAUCAUUAGCUUACUUUUGGUUAUGAAUUGGAGAGAGAUUUUUCAUCAUAGCUUCAAUGCUCCGACAUGUAUAUCAGAAUCAGAUAGCACGUAGAGAAUAAUUAUAAUCAGUUGGUUCUUUUGGCCUCUUA